GCUCGCGGCUCGUCGCUCCUAAUGAAAGGAGCGCGUCCGCGGCGCUGUGCGGUGACUUCCUCGCUGCUCGGAGACAUUGUGUGGAAAGCAGCACGUUGUCGGCUACUGCGCGCUGAACUUUACGGCGAAGCGACCCUCUCCUCUUCCAGGGGAAACCACCUUUAAAGCGACCCGCUUUUGCUCCCAGACGUCUGUAAGUCACCCUGCUCGAGGAAACAUGUCUGCUUCGGCGGCCAAAGUGAGUAAAAAGGACCUGAACUCGAACCACGACGGAGCGGACGAGACCUCCGAGAAAGAGCAGCAAGAAGCUAUUGAACACAUCGACGAGGUGCAAAAUGAAAUCGACAGGUUGAACGAGCAGGCCAGUGAGGAGAUCCUCAAAGUAGAACAGAAAUACAACAAACUCCGUCAGCCGUUCUUUCAGAAGAGGUCAGAACUGAUCGCCAAAAUCCCCAACUUCUGGGUCACCACGUUUGUCAACCAUCCACAGGUAUCUGCUCUACUCGGGGAGGAAGAUGAAGAAGCGCUUCAUUACCUGAGCCGAGUGGAGGUGACAGAGUUUGAAGAUAUCAAGUCAGGCUACAGAAUAGAUUUUUAUUUUGAUGAAAAUCCAUACUUUGAAAACAAAGUACUUUCCAAAGAGUUCCAUCUGAAUGAAAGCGGAGACCCGUCCUCAAAGUCAACGGAAAUCAAAUGGAAGUCAGGAAAGGACCUGACCAAGCGCUCCAGCCAGACACAGAACAAAGCGGGGAGGAAGAGGCAACACGAAGAGCCAGAGAGCUUCUUCACCUGGUUCACCGAUCACGCCGACGCCGGCGCCGAUGAGCUCGGAGAGGUCAUCAAGGACGACAUCUGGCCCAACCCUCUGCAGUACUACCUGGUUCCCGACAUGGACGAUGAAGAGGGCGAAGGAGACGACGACGAAGAGGACGAGGAGGGCCUGGAGGACAUCGACGAGGAGGGAGACGAAGACGGAGAGGACGACGACGAUGAGGACGGAGAGGACGGAGAGGACGAAGACGGAGAAGACGAGUAAAACAUAACAUCCAUCAAGACCCUCAAACUUCUAUUCCCUGUUUGGUUUUUUCACUCAUGUCCGGGAGCAAAGGUUUUCUUUUUCAUCCCCCUCUUUCGUUGUUUUCUAAAUAAUCCAUGUGUGCUUCAUUUUUCCAUUCGGAAGCUCCUCCAGCUGUUUGUGCCAUCUUCUGUUUCCCUUGACUCUUCAAGGCCAAUGGCACUUUGCCCUGAGUCGUGAGUACUAUCCCCAAAAUCCAAAUGAAUAACAAAAGAACAAAAAAAAAAAAAGGUAAAAUAAAAGUGAAGAUAGCGUCAGCCCGGCAUCCUGAGUAGAGCUUAAAGCUGGUUUA